CUCUAUUUGUUUCAUUACUCACAAUAGAACAAGUGUCAUCCACUCCAGAGUACGGCGAAUUCGUUCAUGGAACCAUUCACCUGUAACACCGGAAUGGUACACACUAGGUUUUUGUUGUCGUUCAUUUCGUACCCUCAUUAAAAGCUUCAUCUCCAGCUACUACAAUGCACUCCAUUUGGUGGAAAGCACACAGCGAGGUGGAGACGGAUCGUGAUCGUGCACUACCAUCGUGUGUUACGAUUGAGAAAAAAAUGCAAUCCCAUGCCAUCGUCCCCUACGAUCGAGUUAAGCUGCCCGUUAUUUGCCUUAAUUCGAUAAUGAUUGUCGCGUACUGGUACCCGUUAAUGGUACUGACUGUGGCGAGUAGAUUUAGCGGCAGACCAAACCCUCAGUCGGGGGCACGUACACGAACAAACCUUGACGUUCCCUGGAUCACUACCAGUACAGUUCACAGCCGGGCGUUGGGCAUCAUUUCUAUCAAUUUAAACCUAUUCCAAGUGGACAUUCUGACCCACAGUCAGUACAUUGCGCUCGAUCGAAGUGAUUGUACGGUACAGUGUUUGCUCUUUGCCAUAAUAUAGCAACAACGUUGGAAAUGAAAUUCAGAUACAGUGGUGUUGUUAUCGGUGGCUUCUUGCUACUAGUAACCGCAUGCAGUGCACUACCAAAAGACGUUCCAGAAGCAACCGAUGCCGAAACGCUGGACGGUCCACCAUUUCUCGCGGAUCUGCGUUACCAGUGCCGUAACACAACCGGAGACGAUCGUACAUUCAACGAGCUGAAAGAACACAUCUCAACCGAUUUGCCCAAAUGUUUCAUGGCCCACGUCAAUAUGGAGCAGUUGAAAACGGACACCUCAAAGCUGAAGGAGGAAGACAAGAAGAAACUGUUUGAAAAAAUAUGCGAACAGAUCAACGAAUCGGUCACCUGCCUAACACCGGUAAAGGCAAAGCUGACACCCUGUCUGGAUGAGGAGGACGUGAAGAUAAUGGAGCAGGUUGUUGCUACCAUACCGGAAGCAUUAAACAUGGCGUGUACCAACAGUGGCGCUUUGUUGCAAAAAUUUACCGAACAAGCGUAUCGGUCCUGCGCGAUGGAGUUACCACCAAUGAUAGAGGAGUGUACGAGCGAGCUUCCCGAUAGUAUGGAAAGUCUUCCAUUUUCUCAAUAUUCCGAUAAGCAGUGCGAAGAAAUCUACAGCAUGAGAGACUGUUUCUCCCGACGAAUUGCAGAAUGUGGAGCGACUGGCUAUAUGGACUUCUUCAUACUAUUCUACCGGAAGCUGCUCGCUCUGACGCCAUGCAAAUAGUGCGAUCAUGGUGGUCUUUCUUCUGGUGACAACCAAUUCGUCAUGUCUAAUCAACCACAGGUGCAAAGUUCUUUUCUGCAACAAGCCAAUAAAUACUGUUUUACAAUAAUUCAA